CGUUCAGGGAAAAACAACAACUUCCUGCGUCAGUCCCGUUGUCUCCUUUUGAUGACGUCAUCCCCGUGCGCUCGGCCCUCCAUUCUGUGGCGCUUUCCGUGAGGGAUUAAGCCGUUAGAAGCCUUUGUUGCGCCCGCAGCGCGGCUCGGCUCCUGCGCUGUGACCGGGAGGAGGCGGCUGGUGCUGGGCAUGGAGGCCGCGGAGGAGAAGGCGGGCUCCAUGUCUGCGGCUCAGCUCCCGGAGAAACGCAGGAGGAAACUGCUGCUCAACUCGGAGGACAGAAUGAACAGAAUCGUCGGAUACACGAAAAACGAGCCGGAUCACAGCGCAGCCGGCCUGCGACCCGCCGAGCGCUUCCACCUGGACCUGGACAGGUCAGAGCCGUGGUCCUCGCCUUCGCCCAGGCCGUCUCCCUUCCUGUCGGAGGCGCCAGGCGCCCGCUCCCACACCGCCACGCCCGAGAGGCGGGGCUCCCCGCUGCCGGACUUCGGCCAGCCUCGCAGAGCGUCUCUGGAGGGCGACGUGGGCGGCCUGCGCCACAGAGCGAAGGCGGAGCGGCCGUCAGACGAGGCCGGCGGCUCGCCACGCCGAGGCCUGCACCAGUACUUGUCUCGCUUUGAUGACGCCAUGAAGCUUCGGAGCCAGCUGGCCAAUGAGAAGCCGGAGCAGGACGGCGGUUCUGACGUGGAGGAGUUCGAUCCGUUUCGGGUCUUCAGGCUCGUCGGCAGCGUCCUCCUCGCUGUUUUCGUCAGAGUUUUUGUCUGCAAGUACCUGUCAAUAUUUGCUCCAUUUCUGACCCUUGAACUCGCCUACAUGGGAUUGUCAAAAUACUUCCCAAAGGUGGAGAAGAAAACCAAAACCACAGUUCUGACGGCCGCCCUGCUGCUGUCCGGCAUCCCGGCCGAAGUCAUCAGCCGCUCCAUGGACACGUACCGCAGGAUGGGCGACGUCUUCUCUGACCUCUGCGUCUACUUCUUCACCUUCAUCAUCUCCCACGAGAUCCUGACGCUCUUCGGCUCAGAGACGCCCUGACAGAACAAAACCACACCUCCUUCUUCUUCCCCUCCUCAUGCCGAUGAGGCUUACUCGUUUGCGCCCCCUGGUGUUUACAUUCUGCUGCCUUAUGUUGAGGCUGCACCCUGGAUCAGAGCUCUUCAGCUCUAAUCAGUCCAAUGUUCAAACCUGCAUGUUGAUUUCACUGCUAACAGAAACUUUGGAACAGGUUUCACGUUUUGAUUUUGUUUACAUACCAGAUCCAUGUUUAUUAAAACCAAUAUUUCAGGCACAGAACACUGAAAAAAACACAAUCUUACCUAGUAUUUUCAUCUAGUUUCCAGUACAAAUAUUUUAAUAAACUUGAAUUAAUACAAAACUAACUUACUAGUAAGUUUUCAGUAGCUUGUUUUGAGUAAAUGUUCACUUGAUUUUGAUGAAAACAUUCCAGGUCCACUGGCAGAUUAUUUAACUUAAAACAUAAGAAUUUCCCCUUGAGGGCAAUAAAGCAAUUUGAACUAUAAAUGAUCGUCAUUGUUAGUUAUUAGAAACAAACAGAUGCUGCACUGCAAAAACACUAAAUCUUAUCAAGUAGAUUUCUCUGGUUUCUAGAGCAAAUAUCUGGAUCCUUGAAAUAAGACAAAGCUAGCAAUAAACUGCGGCUUAUUUUAGGUUAAUCCUAAAUAUUGAUUUUAAAACGGUGUUAUUUCCACUGGCAGAUUAUUUCACUUAUAACAUUAAAAAAUGUCUUUUUAUAAGAGAAAUAAUCUGUCAGUGGAACCAGAACAUUUCAUUGAUAUUUAGGAAUUAUUAACUUAAAACAAACUUUUAUAUCUGCUGAAAUGUGACAAAACAAACCCAAUUUAUGAGUUAGACAAAACUAACUUUUCAUCACUUGUAAGUUAGUUUUGUCUAAUUUUAAACGUAGUAAGAUAUGUGCACCGGAAACUAGAGAAAAAUACUUGGUGAGAUUUUGUGUUUUUGCAGUGACUGAGUUUAAUGGGAGCUCAUUAAAGGAUUAAAAUCAUAAAUAACAGACAGAAGGCGUGACAUGGUCUUCAGAGAAUAUUCUACUGUUACAUUAAAGGGGAAAUAUGACCAUUUUAUGAUUUAUAAUUUGUUGCAUAAACCAUUUCAUUAGAAACUGGUGGGGCGGCCAUUUUACUUGGAGAAAUGUGUCAUUAUUUUAAUCUGUUAGUCGAGGAAUAAAUGAGCAGAAAUACUUUGCGCUGUCUUCAUGCUUAGCAUAACGUUAGUAAAGAAUGUGGAAGAAAUGAAGGAAAUUAGAUCUGACUCUAUGAUCUGUUAUUGUUUACUUCAGCAUUAAAACCAGAGGGACGUUUUCUGUUUGGGUCAUUUUCGCUCCAUCCUUCAGUUUAAAGCCAUUAAAAGCAGUCGGUUCAUUGGUGAAUGUAAAAUAUGCGUCAGCAUGAUGAACAAGGUUUUCUGUUUCUGACUAAGCAUUUUGCUGUGAAACAUAUGAACAUAAAGUGAGUGUUGCAUUGUGUGUUUGUGAGCAUAAAGUUCCAUGUUUGGUGAACUGGUGGGUUUUGUGAACUUCCUUCAAGCUUUUUGUACAGUAUUUUCUCUGCUGUCCUUGCUCCUAUUUAAUCCUAAAUUAAUUUAUUAGUGCUGUUUUUUUUCAUGUAAAUGCAUUGGUGUGAUUUAUUCUACAGCUUAUCUGCUCUUUCCUAUUUUUUGAUCAAUUUACUUAGACAGUUUUUAAUGGUUGUUGUUUUGCUGAGAUUGUGUAAAAGCGAUGUUUCAAACUGAACAACUCAUACCAAAUAAAUGACCCCUUGUCUGACUUAUUCUCUAAUUUUCUGUUACUUGUCUAAUUUAGGGAAUGAACUGAGAUUAAUGGGGUUCUAGCAACACUUUAUAAAUUUAUUCUUCAUCUUGACGAUGGCUUGCAGGUCAUGAAAAACCAAAUAUCUGAUCAGAAAAUUAGAAUAUUUGAAUAAAGUUCAAUACUGGAAACUCAUGGUGUCAUUUGUUUAUAACUGCCUUAUAUUCAUAAUAACUAACCACUUUCCAUCACUUUUCUUUAUUAAACCACUGCAGUGUAAUGCUUCCUGCUUCUUAUUCUAUAUUCUCCUCAUAAAACACUUUGAACUGCCUUAUUGCUGUGAUAUGCAGUAAAAAUAAACUUGCCUUGUGUUACAUUUACGCUUAAAAUGUUGAAUCCUCGUGUAAAUCCAGAAAAGUUUUGGGUUUUCAUUAUUUGUAAAUCAUUAUAAUUAAAAUGAAAAGGAACAAAG